UUAAAAAAACUAGUAUGCAACGGGCAACUUGAGCAACUUACGGCCACAUUUAGCUGUCACGAUCCGAUCUUCAAGAAAAUAUUUCAUCAUUUUUCUUUAAUAAAAGCCGAAAAACCAACACACUAUGGCAGCGAAAGUCGGCCCCCUUGUUUCGAAGUUGCUUGCUGAUGCUCGCCCGAAAUUCGCCACCUUCCUGAAAUACGCCAAAGUGGAACUUACUCCACCAUCGCCCGGCGACAUUCCAGAAAUCCGAGCUGGCAUUGGCCGAUUGCUCAGUGGAGCUAAAAAUGGUAAGUGGAAGCAACUUACAGUGCGCGAGGGAUGGUUGAACUCCCUGGUCGCUGUUGAAGUUCUCUGCUGGUUCUAUGUUGGUGAAUGUAUUGGAAAACGCCACAUUGUUGGAUAUGAUGUCUAAAUUUAAUGUUAACAAGAAAUAGAAUGUGGUUCAUAAUGUAGCAUAAAUAAACUUGAAACAAUCUGUAUGUAUAUGUAA